AUGAAGCAUUUAAGCUUCAUUAUGCUCGUACUACAAAAUACGGCACUGUCAAUAGUGUCCAAGUACUCGCGCGCUAACAACGGACCAAAAUACCGUCCAAGUACUGUUGUGCUGCUCGUGGAAUUGCUCAAGUUCGUGCUUUGCUGCUUCAUGCUGUAUAAGAUUAAGCGUGGUAACUUGAAAGCUACUAUGCUCACACUACAGAUUGAGGUGUUUGCUGAUAAGAAAGGGCUUACAAAAAUGACGGUGCUUGCUUUUCUUUACGCAUUGCAAAACAUGUUUGCGCUCGUUGCUUACGAUUAUGUAGACGUGGCGACGUACCAGAUUGUGUACCAGCUUAAGAUUAUUACCACGGCCAUGUUCAUGAUUUUACUGCUGCAACGUCGUUUCAGCGUUGUGCAGUGGUGCGCAAUGGUAGCACUUAUGGCUGGUGUGGCCAUCUGCUCCUAUUCACGAUUACCGAGUGCUUCGCAGCACUCAGACGAAGCCACGAGUAGCAAGCGCUUCAUUGGCGUCUGUAUCAUGCUUGGACUGGCAGUCAAUUCAGGUCUUGCAGCAGCCUACUUUGAGCGCGUCAUGAAAGCGCACAAGGGCGUUCAGACGCAGCAAACGAUUGACCCGCUCUGGGUGCGAAACUUACAAUUAUCUGCCAUAUCCGUUCUCGUCACUUGUUUCGAUCUCGUUCGCAACUUUGGUCAAGUGUGGACUUCUGGAUUUUUUUACGGCUUUCAACCCGUGGUAUUCGCUGUCAUUUUUCUGCAGGCAGUCGGUGGACUUACAAUCGCUGCCGUCGUCCGCUACUCAGACAACAUUGUGAAGAAUUUUGGCACGUCCUUCUCUCUUAUCUUGUCAUGCAUCAUCUCUAACUAUAUGUUUGACGAGACGGCUCCACUUUCGUUCUACUUUGGCGUAUGUCUUGUGGUUGGAUCAGUCUUUGUAUAUGGCGACAAUCGAUUUGCUCUCAAACCCGCUGCCAAGAAGGAACAUCGAUCCAUGUCCGAAGAUGCGGCAAACGAGAUUGUCAUAGAAAACAAAAGCAUGCAAGUGUUGCACUCUGGGAGCAGAAGCUUCGUUGCGCGAUCCGUACAAACUUUUAACGGUUUAUGUGUUUAA